GAAUAUCUUUUGCGAAUGGAGAAGAUCGAAUACGGCAACGAAAAAUGGCAACGCCAGCAUUUAACAAAUCUCUUAGCCCUGAGAUGAUUGGAGAAUGUACUAAUGAACUUAUAACUCUGUUAAAUAAAUGGGAAGAUAUUCCAUUAGAUAUAUGUACUGUUCAAACAUUGGGAAAAUUGGCUUUCUCAUAUGAUAUGAAAGCAUUGGACAGUCUGGAGGAGGAACCAUAUUUCAUAAAAACUUAUGAAAAAAUUACAGAACUUAUUCAAAAUCCUCUUUACAUGAUAUUCAGAUUUACUUAUAAACUUCCAUUAAAAGUAAAUCUUGAACUCUCUCAAUUAAUUGAAGAGUUUGACCGACUUAUAUAUAAAGUCAUUGAACAACGAAAACUUGAUAUAGCUAAAGAAAAAAAAAGUGAAGAGCAUAAAGAUUUAUUGGCUAAUAUGUUAGAAAAUAUUGGCAAUGAAAAUUUUGAAUAUAAUAUGAAAGACCUUAGAGAUGAGUUAACUGCAAUUUUUUCUGCUGGGCAUAAUACCACAGCAUUCGCGUUGAGUGCCGUUUUCUAUAACUUGGCAAAAUAUCCUGAAAUUCAAAAAAAAGCAAGAAAAGAAGCAUUUCAAGUCUUAGGAGAUUCCUCUAAAAUACCAAAUUCAGAAAAUGUUAAGGUAUUACUUUAG